AUGAACACUCACAAAAGCUCUAGAAAUUCACCAACAGAUUGGACGUUGGGAGAGGCCAUGAAGUAUAAUUUACGGUGCAAUCGGAACAUCAGCGAGAAGAUGACGAAAAAAGACUUUGUAUACGACAUUCGUCCACCGAUUCAAAGUUCUAGAAAGUUGGAAGAAGGAAGAUACCCAAUCGUAUUGCCGCUACAGCUUCGAAAAAAACAGAAUACCGAUCCGAAAAUGCCUCAAUAUGCAGUUAUUUCAGAAAAGAAUAAUUACAACGAAAAUGGCGACACAAUAAACCUUUCAGAGCAACGAGCCUUGAAAUUUGAAUGCAAUUUCUGUCACGAACAAAUUGCCACGCUCCUGUCUUUAUCUACGCACAUUAAAUUUCAUCGAAGAGAAUACUGCAAGUAUUGUUAUUGGAUAUUACUGGAAAACGAAACGAUGGAAGAGCAUAUCGAGAGUACUCAUUGA